GGAUGCGGUGCUACUGACCCCGGGAACUACGGGGCGGUGUCAGCUGGGAGGGAGGGGGCGUGGACCACCGCUUAUAACCCGAUCCCAGGCGGGGAAGGGAGGGAUGUGGCCGCGCUCCCUGCUCACUGGCUGAGAGCGCGCGACUGCUGCUUCUGUUGCUGCUGCUGCUUCUGUUGCUGCUGCAGCUGCGGCUGCUGCUGCUGCUCGUGGGACUUUUUGAUGCGUAACAGGUAGGAGAGGGUGGGGAAGUGGAGCCAUCCCUGUCUGAGCCAGCGGCGGCGGCAGUGGCAAGGACCGGAGCCCAGCGCAUCCACCUCGACUCUGGGGAAGCUGGCCAGGGGAGGCUGCAGGAGCGAGCUGGACCCACUAACCACAGGCGCCUUCACCUUCGGGGAAGAUGAGCGCAGUAUCUCAACAACAGGCUGUCCACAGCCACCUGGAGAAGCCAUCAAGUACUGCAAUUCUGUGUAACACCUGUGGAAAUGUGUGUAAAGGAGAAGUUUUACGAGUCCAGAACAAGUAUUUUCAUAUAAAGUGCUUUGUUUGCAAAGCUUGCGGCUGUGACUUGGCAGAAGGUGGUUUUUUUGUGAGGCAGGGAGAAUACAUUUGUACCUUGGACUAUCAAAGACUCUACGGUACCCGGUGCUUCAGCUGUGAUCAGUUCAUCGAGGGUGAAGUGGUUUCAGCCUUGGGAAAGACCUAUCACCCAGAUUGUUUUGUGUGUGCUGUUUGUAGAUUGCCUUUUCCUCCUGGUGACCGGGUGACCUUUAAUGGGAAGGAGUGUAUCUGCCAAAAGUGUUCCCUGCCCGCAACUACCAGCGGGAGCUCUUACCUACUCCAAGGACUCCGGAAUUGUGGAGGUUGCGGAGCAGAAAUCAAAAAUGGCCAAUCUCUGGUGGCUCUGGACAAACAUUGGCAUUUGGGCUGUUUUAAAUGCAAGACUUGUGGAAAGCAACUGAAUGCAGAGUAUAUUAGCAAGGAUGGUGUCCCCUACUGCGAGGCCGACUAUCAUACUAAAUUUGGCAUUAGAUGUGACAGCUGUGGAAAAUACAUUACAGGCAGAGUAUUGGAGGCAGGAGAAAAACACUAUCAUCCUUCCUGUGCAUUAUGUGUCAGAUGCAGCCAAAUGUUUGCGGAAGGCGAGGAAAUGUAUCUUCAAGGUACAUCCAUCUGGCAUCCAGCCUGUAGACAAGCUGCCAAAGCUGAAGAGAAAAACAAGGAAACAAGAACUUCCUCUGAGAGCAUAAUUUCUGUGCCUGCCUCAAAUACAUCGGGAUCUCCAAGUCGUGUGAUUUAUGCUAAGCUUGGAGAUGAGAUUCUUGACUACAGGGACUUGGCUGCUCUUCCUAAAAACAAGGCCAUAUAUAACAUCGACCGCCCAGAUAUGAUCUCCUACUCUCCAUACAUCAGUUACUCCUCAGGUGACAGACAUAGUUAUGGAGAGUCACCCCAGUUGCUCUCUCCAACUCCUCCUGAGGGUGACCAAGAUGAUCGAUCAUACAAGCAAUACAGGACUUCCAGUCCAAGCUCCACAGGAUCAGUCAGCUAUGGGCGUUAUACUCCAACUUCCCGCUCUCCUCAGCAUUACAGCAGACCAGCUGGUACUCUGAGUCUUGGUACCAGUAGCUGCAUCUCCCUGCCCCAACACCCAAGCCCUACAUCUAUGUUCAGACAUCAUUACAUCCCUUACUUCAAAGGCAGUGAAAGUGGCCGGAGCACUCCCAGUUUAUCCAUGUAUUCAGACAGCAAACCUUCACCUUCUACCUAUCAGCAGGCUCCUAGACAUUUCCAUGUGCCAGACUCUGGAGUAAAAGAUAACAUCUAUAGAAAACCUCCCAUCUACAAACAGAAUGUGUCAAAGAAGUCAGAUGAAGAUGGAAGUUUUGAUCCAGAUAACCGGAAGCAAAAGACCAGUUGGUUGUUUCUCAAGGGGGAUGUGGACACUAGAACAAACUCACCUGACCUGGAUACUCAGUCACUAUCUCACAGUAGUGGGACAGAGAGAGACUCUCUUCAGAGAAUGCAAGGAGACUUCUAUUCACGAUUCCCAUAUACCAAAUCUGCUUCUCUCCCUGGAUAUGGAAAGAAUGGAUUCAACAGGAAUGCAAACAUGGCCCAAUAUGAAGCAGACCAGGAUACGAGUUGGGGGAUGCGAGAAUACAAGAUCUAUCCCUAUGACAUGCUCAUCGUCACAAACCGAAUUCGGGUGAAAUUACCCAAAGAUGUGGACAGGACCAGACUGGAGAGACAUUUGUCCCCUGAAGAGUUCCAGGAAGUCUUUGGGAUGACCACGGAAGAAUUUGAUCGCCUAGCUCUUUGGAAAAGGAAUGAAUUAAAGAAGAAGGCAUUGCUUUUCUAACCUCUCCCAGAGG